CGGGGCCCGGGGGCAGGCCCGGCGGCUCGAGGAGCGGAUCCGAGGGCCCGGCGGAGGCGGCGGAAUCUCCGGGCCCGGCACCAUCCACCCCGAACCACACAGCUUGACUGGCUCUCCAAGCCAGACUUUAAAUUGAUAGAAUGAAAAAGUUUAAACGAAGAUUGUCUCUUACCCUGCGUGGAAGCCAGACUAUUGAUGAAUCGCUGUCCGAAUUGGCUGAACAAAUGACUGUUGAAGAGAACAGUAGCAAGGAUAAUGAGCCUAUUGUGAAGAAUGGCAGGCCUCCAACAUCUCACAGUAUGCACUCCUUCCUCCACCAGUACACAGGAUCCUUCAAGAAGCCCCCAUUGCGGAGACCACACAGCGUUAUUGGAGGAAGCCUUGGGUCCUUCAUGGCAAUGCCCAGGAAUGGAAGCCGACUCGAUAUUGUUCAUGAAAAUUUAAAAAUGGGAUCUGACGGCGAAAGCGAUCAAGCUUCAGGGACCUCAUCUGAUGAAGUCCAGUCGCCCACAGGUGUUUGUCUCAGGAACCGGAUUCACAGACGUAUAUCUAUGGAGGACUUAAACAAGCGCCUGUCACUACCUGCAGAUAUCAGGAUACCUGAUGGAUAUCUGGAAAAACUCCAGAUAAACAGUCCACCAUUUGAUCAGCCAAUGAGUCGAAGGUCUCGUCGAGCUUCUCUAUCGGAAAUCGGGUUUGGGAAAAUGGAAACUUACAUCAAAUUGGAAAAGCUUGGAGAGGGAACUUAUGCAACCGUGUAUAAAGGAAGGAGUAAGCUGACAGAGAAUUUGGUGGCAUUAAAGGAGAUCCGAUUAGAACAUGAAGAAGGAGCACCAUGCACAGCCAUAAGAGAAGUUUCAUUACUGAAGGACCUAAAACAUGCAAAUAUUGUUACAUUACAUGAUAUUGUUCAUACGGAAAAAUCACUGACUCUCGUCUUUGAGUAUCUGGACAAAGACUUAAAACAAUACAUGGAUGACUGUGGAAACAUCAUGAGUAUGCACAAUGUAAAGCUCUUUUUAUACCAGAUUCUGCGUGGUUUGGCGUACUGUCACAGGAGAAAGGUGCUUCACCGAGACCUAAAGCCACAGAACCUACUCAUUAAUGAAAAAGGAGAGUUGAAGUUGGCAGAUUUUGGGCUAGCUCGAGCCAAGUCAGUUCCUACAAAGACGUACUCCAACGAAGUGGUCACACUGUGGUACCGGCCACCCGACGUUCUCCUGGGUUCUUCUGAGUACUCAACCCAGAUUGACAUGUGGGGCGUUGGAUGCAUCUUUUUUGAAAUGGCAUCUGGAAGGCCUCUGUUCCCUGGUUCAACAGUAGAAGAUGAACUCCAUUUAAUUUUCCGACUUCUAGGAACUCCUUCUCAAGAAACUUGGCCGGGUGUUUCUUCCAAUGAUGACUUCAAGAAUUACAACUUUCCGAAAUAUAAGCCUCAACCUUUAAUCAAUCAUGCACCAAGGCUAGACUCUGAAGGAAUUGAACUGAUAACCAAAUUUCUUCAGUAUGAAUCCAAGAAAAGAGUUUCUGCAGAAGAAGCCAUGAAGCACGCCUACUUUCGAAGUCUCGGAGCAAGGAUACACACUUUGCCUGAAAGUGUCUCGAUAUUCAGUCUGAAAGAGAUUCAGUUACAAAAGGACCCGGGUUUUCGAAAUUCCUCUUAUCCAGAGACAGGACAUGGGAAGAACAGAAGACAGAGCAUGCUCUUUUAAAUCUUGAUAACAUGGUUUCAAGCCCAGCCUCAGCCUCUCUUAUCCAUCAAGGACUCAGACCUGAAGGCUGUUAUUUCUUUUGGCCGACUUGGAAUCUCCCGUUUGUCUACACUGUCCUCCUCCCAGUGGAGUCUUUUUAUUUCAGACUUGCAGAUUAUGUUUUUAUAUUUGUUGUCACAGUGUGACAAUUUUUUGUACAGUUGGUUUUAAGGUCUCCUCCGCCGUUAGAGCCAGUAGGUUACAGCUCUUGAUGUAACUGUAGCUGCAAUUUUUGUGCAGGACUGAGAAACACAGUGCAUUAUUUAUUGCGGAAUCAUUGCUGCUAAAUAACUACUGUCUGUAUAUUUAACACAACAGUUGAAUGCCUGAAGAAGUUGCAAUGGCUUUAUAAUAUGUGAAUGCAUCUGUUUCUCCUCAUAAACUGUUUUACUGCUGCAGUUUUGUAUUUUUUUUUUCAAUUAAACUGCAAUGUCUCCCUGGAAUGUAAACUUAGCCUUGCUUGACAGUAAUGUAGGUGACCUUUAACGCUCUAAGUUCACGAUGCAUAAUACCUUUUUAACAUGGGCAAUAUAGUACUUGAAUGAUUUCUAAGCACAUUUUGUUUUGGGAAGUAAAUGAAGUUAAAGUUGAUUCAACCAAGUGAAUACUUCAUCUUUUUUUUUAUUCCGCUUUAGACCCCGAUAAAUGUGUAGCACACAAGUUAAUGAUUUGGCCCGUUCCUCGUGCGUGCUACUGGGUAUCUGUAGAAAUGCACUGACCUUGUUUGACAUUGGGUCCAGUCCAGCCUGUUAGAGAUAAGUGGUUUAAAAAAGGUUACUGUAAUUUCCAGUUUUCUGGUCUGGCUCUUUUGUUUUACAAUCUAGCUAGACAGUUAUUUACAUUGGGGAGCAAAUAUCCUUUUUUAUGCUACCGUGACUAUGAAACUCACUUGGAAUCAACUGGAAAGAUACGAUGUGGUUUUUGUGAAGAACAAUGGGGGAAAAAACGCAGGCCUUUCAAAAAUGAGAACUUAGAGGUGUGGGGUUUUUUUUUUUUUUGAGAUCUUACGUGUUAUCUGUUUACCAGAGAUAGCAAAUGUUUCAACUCUGCUUAGGCAUCUCAGUGAGCAUCAGAAGUACACCUUAGUGAUGGUGACAGUAUUUUUCAGCAUUUAGGAUUAUUUGUUUUGUGCAUCUUACAGAGACUGUAAAUCUUUAUUGGUAUAUUUUGAAAUGGUCUUGUAAAUCUUUGGCUGGUAUAUCAUGAAAAUAGUCAUAGAUAACUUAAAUUUCUUUCCUGACAUUCACUGUAAAACAUUCAGGGGUCCUACCAUUUCUGUUCAGGAAAUCUCGUAGUUUAUUGUUAUUUAACAGUAUUAAGUGAAUUUUUGUAUAUUUCCUUUUAACUUUAUUUGUGAAUAGUGAUUGUGGCAUGUUGGGGGUGUUUUAUUAAUAUUUCAUGAUAAUGGUAAACUUAAUUGGGAUUUUUUUUCUGGGGGGGCGGGGAAAGGGGGAAAGAUUCAAGUGUAAUGGUGAAUAUUGGACCACUACUGCUUUUCAGCAUUUGUAAUCCGGUUUUAAGUUAAACCUCGUAGGCCUAACAAACUGCUGUUAUUUCUAACUGACCGACACAAUAUUAAUAUUGUACUUUUGAAAGUAUAAAUAUUACAUGGAAUUCCUUGGUUUUGUUUUGAAGUUUAUAAUAACGAAAGCUCCCUGUUGAUAAAAAAAAAAAAUACGGAUCUGUUGAACUGCCGUUCUUCCUCGGGCCCAGCGGCUAUUUGUAGUGGGACCGUCUCGUUUCGGCAGCCCUUCUGGGUGCUCCGGAAGUCCUGUCUUGGGAUGGUGGUCACUUACUUCUCCGGAAGAACCGGGCUAUGUCAGCGAAGCCCUUUUGCGCGUCACCUUUGAUGCUGUGGUUUUAUAAGGAGUGGCAGUCACGUUCUAAUAAAGUAGCUAAUUUUGCCUUUUG